CGUCUGGUGUUCAAGGUGAGUGAAAGUGCAAGGAACCGGUUCGUGGUCUCGGCUCCUGCAACCCUGUCCCUCUGCGUGUCAUUCGUAUGCUUGCGAGUUUGCUGUGCCGUCAGGGUUUACGAGUCGUUGGACAAAGAUCGGUCAGAAGUAUGGCAUCUGUUGCAGACAAAUUCGCCUUGCCUGAUAGGUACCGCGGCUCCGAGAAGAGUGUCUGGGUUGAGUACAUCCAGCUGGCACUGGAGCACCAACCCUUGAAUCUCGGCCAGGGAUUUCCUGACUACGCUCCGCCCUCCUACGUCACUGAGGCGCUGUCCGACGCCACUAAUGGAAACAAUACGCUGCUCAACCAGUACACUCGAGGAUUUGGACAUCCAAGACUUGUUCAAGCUCUUUCUAAGCUCUAUUCCGCUGAGCUAGGCAGAAAUAUUGAUCCUCUAAAGGAAGUUCUAGUUACUGACGGAGCGUAUGAAUCCCUCUUCUGUGCCAUUCAGGGUAACACCAACCCUGGAGAUGAAGUCAUCAUUAUUGAACCAUUUUUCGACUGCUACGUCCCUAUGGUUAAAUCUGCUGGCGGAAUUCCCAAAUUCAUUCCUCUGAGACUGCGAGAAGGAGCUGGAAAAUCGGGCCCUGUUAGCUCCGCUGAUUGGGUCUUGGAUGCACGUGAACUGGAGAGCAUGUUUACUGAGAAGACAAAGUCGCUGAUCCUUAAUACUCCCCACAAUCCCAUGGGAAAGGUUUUCUCCCGUGCUGAACUUGAGCUGAUCGCCAACCUGUGCAAGAAGCACAAUGUCCUUGUCAUUUCUGACGAAGUCUAUGAGUGGAUGGUCUACAAGCCCAACGAGCACAUCAGAAUCGCUUCUUUGCCUGACAUGUGGGAACGCACCGUGACGAUCGGUUCUGCAGGCAAAACCUUCAGUGUCACUGGCUGGAAGUUAGGCUGGGCGUACGGACCUGAUUACCUCAUGAAGAAUUUGCAGACAGUUCACCAGAAUACUGUUUACACUUGUCCCACUCCCAUUCAGGAGGCUGUGGCCCGAGGCCUGGAGCUGGAAAUGAGCAGGAGAGAUUCGCCAGAUUGCUAUCUAUCCUCUCUUGCAGAAGAGCUGAGACCCAAGCGAGAUUUCAUGGUCAAGUUCCUGUCCGAUGUUGGCAUGAAACCAACAGUGCCUGAUGGCGGCUAUUUCAUGAUCGCCGAUUGGUCUGCUCUGACUAGCAAAGUGAGGCUGGAGGAAGAAAAAGAUCCUGAGCUGGACUACAAAUUCACCAAGUGGAUGACCAAGAACGUCAAGCUUCAGGGAAUCCCGCCGUCUGCCUUUUACGGGCCCGAAAACAAAAAUCUGGCCCAACACCUUGUGCGAUAUUGCUUUUUCAAGAAAGACGAAAAUCUUGCAAAGGCGGCUGAAAUUCUGCGCAACUGGACUGCCCCCACUAGCAACCUCUAAGGCAAUUAGUGUUUUGUACAAAUUUGAUCUAUUUUUGAAUUUGAUGUGGCAUUGUUUUGGUCUUCCAUUUAUUCUUAAAAGAUUUUGAGUUAAAUUCAUUGCAGCUACCAGCAGUGAAUAUAACAGACUGUUUUUCAUGAGAUGAGAAAGCUCACGCGAGCAACUACAGCUGAAACAAUAACUGAACUCAAAAUUUGUGUGGUGUUUUUGGGGAAAAAAUAACAGCGUACAUUCUCCAGGGUAGCUACAUUUGACAUUUGAUUCAAUAUCAAAACGAAAUGUUAUCCUCAUGUGCAUGAGCCACACUAUCAGGCAUUUACAACCAAUAUAAUUGUUGAAUGAGAUUUCUAAAAGAAAUUAAAAGCUUGUCUACUUUUCAUUAGAA